UGCCGCUUCCUUCUGGGCUUUUGCCCUCUCCAACCCCAAAAAUGCGCUAUAAUUAUCUGGCCUAAAGAUAUUUGCUAGAUCACCGCAUGAUGCGUUGCAAUUGUCUGGCUCAAAAAUAUUUGCAUGAUCACUCCAAUAAUGUGUUAUAAUUAUCUGACCCAAAAAUGCUGGCACUAUCAAUUGUUCACAGAUAGGCUGGGAUCUCCUUUUCCGUGAGACUAUACUAAAGGUUUGAGCUGGUGUCUUAGUUCUGCUUCAUGCAGCUUUAAACAUAUAAACUAACACCCAGUAUCAAAUAACAAGGGGUUUAGGAGAUUAUAGAAUUGUAAGGAAUUACAAGUCUUUUAACUUCUCGUCUAGAAUGCAUAAUUCUGUUAGUUGGCAGGGUGGUGUUUGGUAGUGGGUUGGACUUGAUGAUCUCGGAUGACUUGCCCAACCUAUUUGAUUCUGUGAUCCUAACUGCAUGCAUUGAAUUCCUUUAUGUAUUCACGUAUCUGAUAGCGUCGUGCAAAACUGGGGAGAAAUUAUGCAGAGUAAUAUUUCUAAGUGGUAAUUUUAGCCAUUUGAUUUUUGUUCUGCUCAUGCACCAUGGCCUCUUAGCUGUUUUCCCAAAAGUAUAUUUACAGUUUUGAUCUAAAUAUCUUCUGACAGUAAUUUAAAGUGUUAACUGUGUGUUCAUAUAAAAUUACUCGGAUAAUUUCCUUAAAUUAAGCAUAUCUACAAAAUUCCAUUUUGAGGCUAUGGACAGAGAUUAUGCUCAGUGUUUUGUCUCAUGUAAAAAAUGUCAUGGGAAACCACAACUCAAAGCUGGGUUACUCUGUCAGCUGUUGUGUUUUACGUAAAACCCACAUAGAACUUCCCUUCAGGAUGUUAAUUGUACUGACCACACAGAGGUUUAUAAGCGUUUUUAUGUGAAUUGUUACCCACUUUUCUGUUUUAGCAAGAUUGUAACUACACAAGUGCUUUCUGAGAUUUAUAGGUUGGAAAAAUCGACACUGUGUUGUGCUAUUUUGUAAAGAACCUGAAAAGCAUCAUUUUUCAGGAAGAAAAAAAAGUUUUAGUUUUAUAUGAAAAUGUAUAGUUUUAGAUUAUUUUGGUUGGCCAGAGUUUUGCCUUUUCUGGUCUGAUUUCCCUCACAAUCUGCAGAAUAAUUCUGGGAAAUUCUGUUGUACCUGGGAAUGUGAGUUGAUUUUUACACAGGCAGCACUCAUUUUUGUCUCAAAAGGAGACCGAAACAGACGUUUUAAAAAGAGCAGUUGGACAUAGCUCUUGACAAAGGUUAACCUAAAGAAAGUUUUGCAUCCUGCUCUUCACUCUGGCUCAAGAAACACAUGCUAAUACUACCCAUAGCAAAAGUGUAAGCCUAACACAGAACUGACAUCAACCUCUGUUCCUAUAUGAAUUUCUAGAUCUGUCUUUAUCUAUUCACUAAGGUCCCUAAGUGAUGGGGUGGAAUUUAAAAAGAGAUCCCUGAAUGCAACUCAAAAAUAUUUCAUAGGGUGGGAAUGUUCUAGGCACAAGAAGAAAUCUAUGAAAAUUGAUUGCUCUAUCCAUUGAAAUGCAGUUGUGUAGAAGACUGGAACAGUUGUUUUUGGACUUUGUGUGUUACUAUUUUUUAGUUACUAUCAUGUUCUGGUUUUAUUUCUGCCCUUCUUUUGGUUUAUGGCCUUUUUUUCUGCUUUCUUUUACAGAGCUUCAAAGCGUAGCUGAAGUUGCUUUUAUCUUUGUUAUAUUUGUUUAAAAAUUAAUUAAAUAUAUGUUUAUUCUUUCUGGAUUUUUUUUAAUGUUGUUCAUAUUUCAUGUAUGCUGUUUUGCCUAAUAUCAGUGGUUACCGGUGCCUGGUUUGUUUCUAUUUAGGAUUGAACAAAUGGUGUAUGGUAUUUCCUGCACUGGACUGGGCAGGCUGGAUUCAGAAAGUACAGAGGCUCAGCCCUGAGGUAUAGACCGUAGACAUUUCCUACUGGAGUAAGGCACCUGUGAUGGAAAAAAAAAUGUUCUCCUAGUCACAGAGGAAGUUUGAUUCUGAUUACUGGUGUGCUUUCUAAAGAACAGCUGACGAUACAAAGGACAAUGCACAGUGUGUAUCCUGAUGAUAUUUUGUGUGCUGCAACAUGGUUCUUGUCAUGGCAUCUGAGACUGAAAAGGCCCACGCUCUUCUCCAGACUUUCAGCACAGCAUCAGUUAUUUCCAGUCUAGGUUUGGGGAUAUUCUGCUUUGUAGCAGACAGACUCCUGCAGUUUUCCUUCAUUCAGCAAAAUGACUGGCUCCGAGCCUUAUCUGAUAAUGCAGUGCAUGGUAUACUGGGGAUGUGGUCCUGGGCGAUAGUGAUUGGACUCAGGAAAAAAAGUGACUUCACUGAGGUCACUCUGGCUGGUUUCCUUGCCUCUGUCAUUGAUGUGGACCACUUCUUUCUUGCUGGAUCUCUGUCAUUAAAGGCUGCUCUGACUCUUCCACGGAGACCACUUCUUCAUUGUUCUACUGUGAUUCCUGUGGUGGCUCUGACAUUAAAGUUUAUCAUGCAGCUUUUCAGGCUUAAGGACUCGUGGUGCUUUCUUCCAUGGAUGUUGUUCAUAUCCUGGACUUCUCAUCAUGUCCGUGACGGGGUUCGUCAUGGCCUCUGGAUCUGCCCGUUUGGAAAAACUCCUCCCUUGCCAUAUUGGCUGUAUGUGGCAAUUACAGCAUCUUUACCUCAUCUGUGUUCAUUUAUUAUGUAUUUAACGGGCACUAGAGAAUUAAUGUCCAUAAAACAUGGAAUCCGCAUUGAUGUAUAGGAAUAAUGGCUUUUUAAGGUUGUUUGUGCUAGCACAUGGAAUGACCUGCCUGUCUGCCACUGAAGGGUUUCUUUGUGUUUCCUACACCUUCUGAAUUAGGCAUUUUAAGGUUGUGGAACCAAUUACAGCUCUUGUGUCAAUUCCUUGUGGCCAUAGAACCUAUUUAGUGAAUGAUAAUAAUUUUAUAUGUGUACAUUUUCCUUGUACAGUGUGUGGUCUUCCAUGAUAGUUCAGGUAUAGUGAGCUGAUUAUAACUUACUUAGUUCUUCUCUGUAGUAAUUACAUUACAUUUUACUGUUAUGGUGCCAUUCAUUUGAUCACCAUUCACUUUGGAUUUGUAUCCUGCCUCUGGAGAAUACAUUUCAUCCAGAUAGUAUUUGUAUAGCACUUUAAAAAUGUGAAGUUCUAUAUAAAUGCUAGGUAUUAAUAAUGUAUGGCAAUUCUAAAAAAAAAAUCCCUCAGCCUUUCAAAUAUAUUAAUAUGUUAGCAGUCCUGCUAGAUUCUUGUAUUCAACCAUUUUAAAAGAAAUACCACAUGUAUUUCACACUAUCUAUCCACACCUCUUUGAACCUGUAAUCACAGAGUAUUUUACUAAAUUGUAUGUCUCCCUGUAGUUGCAUGUUACUAAAUUUGCAGAUAAUUACUAGCUUCACAAUUAGAAAGGAGUAGACAGUUCAGUUAUAGUAUUAUGGUGUGUUGGCCAAAUUGUUUAAUUUUUUAAAAUACACUAAUUAUGAAUACUGUUUAAUUUGGAACCAAGGAAUUUUAGUAAAUAUUUAAGAAUCAUGUGAAGAUUCAGGGAGACACAAGAAAAUAAAAAUUGCUUGUAACACAGGUUUGCUUAAAGACAUUACUACUCAGUAAAGCAUUUUCUAUUAAGUGCAAUAUCAUCCUCAUAAGUGUAAAAUAAAAUGCAUUGUUAUUAUUAUUAUUAGUGCUGUUAUAAUACAGAAAUAUAAAUUUCCUCAUAAAGAAGAUCCAUAAGGAAAGUGUUAUUAUGCUGCAGUUUAUGAGGUAGUAAUUUGCACUAUGGACUAUUCAGUUUUCAUUUAUAGACAUCUCUCAGAAAGAGUCACAAAUUAAAAGUUGUCUGGUCUUGUCUAACUAGACAAGAUUGUCUAGACUUGUGUAGUUUAUGAUGUACUGGCUGAGAAUGUCUAUAAAUAAUUUUUAAAUUUUUUAUUCACUGCCCAUUAAAGAAAGGGGCCUUAACUACUCCAGCUUGUGAUGAAUAGCUGUCAAAGGGGAUCAUUUUUAUGGAACUGCAUGUAUAAGGUAGCAUGUGUUUAACUUAGGUUACCAAGAGGUGUAAGGGUUUACAUGAUGUGUACAUUUACAUUAUUAAAUGUAUAUUAGAAUAAAGUGUAAAAAAAAAAGUAUUAAAUGACAUGCCUGUUGUAAUGAGUACCAGAAACUUUCUUUGGCUGCAGAAUACUUAAGGCUCUUUGCAGCAUUCUAUGCUAAUCAUGGAAAAUGUUGCACCUCUUUAAGGUGUGUCUUUAUGCCAGAAGAAUAAUCCCAGUCCUGUCUGUUCUUCAUGUUAUAAAUGUAUGCCAACACAAACUUGCCUGAUAGUACAGUGGGCCUGUCUAGCCUUUAUUAUAAAAUUAAUAUAAGGUUUCUUUGUUGGAAAGAUUGAAAGAGCAAAACAUUCCUUAGAGAGUUAUUCUCAUGCUGUGGAUUUCUGUCCUUUAGAGUUUUCCAGAAAUAGCAUAAGAAGUGUCCUCCUUUAGAGCCCUCAGAUCGAAAUUGGUUUUCAUCCAAAGGCAUGAUGGUUUACUAGAGGAGCAUUGCUCACUCAUUUACUUCUAUCCUGUAUGUUAAACUGCAUUAUUGGCUACAGAAUGCCAAUAAUGAAUAAAUUUUGUGCAAGGGGUUAACACUGAAGCCCAUGUAGAAAAUUUUCUGUAUUCUUGUUUCAUGGUAUAAUAUUUAUAUAAUUUUGUGCUUUAUCUAGAUUAUUGGCAAAGGGAAAUGUAUAUAGGAACAACGUAUAGAAUUACACUUUCUCACUUUCAGACUGUAGCUGUAGCAUUUCUGGAAACUGUAUGUCUACCCACAGUCCUUAAGAUCAGUACUCUACUGUUCUAGUUAUGUUUAAGGACCAGUUAAUGGGUACAUCUUCAGUAGUUUAAAACUAUGUAUUUUCAUUCUCAUUAUGUCUAGAUCUAGACACAGCAAUAGGUGAACCCCAGUCAGACACAUGUUGGGGAAAGUAGCAAGUACUUUGUACCAUGACUUCUUUCCCUGCAGAUAGACAUGGCAGUCUCACACCUCAACCUGACAUUUAGGCAGCCUUAGCUGAGGCCAUCAGCAGCUUUUCAAGGUAAACUGACACGUGGCAUGUACUGCUGUAAUUUGUGGGUGCCAGGGUAGAGUACAAAGGGGAAGUUAGGUGUUUCAGCCUGUGUGUUCUGGGCAGAGUGGGAGCUACAGAGAUUAUAGAGAAGCCCCCCCUCGUUGAGUCACAAGGCACAGACAGUGCCCUCUUGCUUUCUAAACUCCUCAUAGAGGCCUCUGGGUGCAGCUGGAUCCAGCCUUAGCCCAGACCCUGUCAGUGGUUUAUGCUGAUAGAUUAAUUGAACCUUUUCACAGCUUUGUCCCACAGGAUUAAGGAUGACAAACCAGAAGUACCUACAUAAAAAUAAAUUAGAGUUAUUAUUAGAGUUAUAACUUACUAUGAUAAUGAUGAGACUAAAAGAUCUUAAUCAGAAUUAUUUACUACACAGUGUAGGUAGCUAUAACUACUAGUCUAGUUCAGUCCACUAUUUUUGAAGCAAUAUUGAAGCAAUUAUAUCCAAGGGAGCAAAAGAAAUUAUGAAGUAGAGAUUGAUUUUACUCACCCAUACCAAUGACUGUGGGCAAAUCUCUUUCUUUCAGCUUUGAGGUGUAACCUUGAAUCAAAUCCCAAUUCAAGGAAGGAAUCUCCAGAAAAAUUGUUGGAAGACCCUCCCCACUAAUUAAUAAAUGGGAAGAUUUCCAGGCCAGCUGUGUCAGUUCAACAUCUUCAGAUAAAUUAGCAGUACUAAUAGUACCACUUGUUUGUUGCUUUAUCCAGUACUUUACCAGGUCUGCCACAGCUUCACCUUUCUGUCAAGAGUGUUUAGCUCUGGGAUUGAUAAAUCAGGCUGGUUUCAGCAUUAUUGAGCACCAAAAGCACCAGGACAACCCCCUCCUCAAAUCACAGUUGAUAACUUUGCAAACAGGGCAUUAUUCCUGCUGCUUUACUGCCAUCCAGGCAGAGCAUCCUGCUACACCUCCUUACCCACCACCUGCCUGCUACAGGUAAAUUGCCCAACAAUUCCUUAUCAGUGUUUCAUGUGCAUUUCAAAUUCACUGAUGUUUCCAGCUAUGCAUCAACACCAUGUCUAGCAAAACCAUAACAAAAAUAAAUCAAGAUACUAAAAGUAUAAUGACUUUGUGCUUUACUGCAUGCAUUACUGUAACAGGUAAGUGUAAAAUACAAAAAGCAGGUGAAUUGCACAAAACAUGGCUUGCCAAGUCAAGCUAAUGAUGUUGUGCACAAUGUAUGAUACAUAGAUAUGUAUGAUACAUAUCACUAAAAUGUUAGUUUUUUCAGCGAUUCUUUUAAUAAACCAAUCUAAAAAUUUUCCAUGUAUUUUCAAGUUGAACUUAAAAAGUUGAACAAAGUUUUGGGUUUUUGUGACUUACUUUGUUAGAACUGCGUGGUUUAUUUUUUCUUGCUUUGAUGGAUUUUUGCUGUAAAAAAUAGGUACUAAUAGCCCAAGUUAAAGAAAGAUGUUAGACUGUUUCUUCUCCCCAGUUGUGGAGAAAUAAGAUAAAAUUCCUCCUAAUUGCCUAGUGGCCUUAACAGAAUGUGUGAACAUGUUUUCUAUAGCUUUGUAUUCUACUUUAAAAUCAAAUCUGUAUUUUCACCUAAUUGUUGGUAUCACUUUUUACUACAGUGCAGUAUAUAUUAUAUCAUGUGCCCUUAAUUAGAUAUUGGUAAGCGAAUUACUCAUAAUUGAUCUCAUGUCCCAAGGAAAAUGAUGCUAAGUAUAUUGACUUUCUCCGCUAAUGGAAAUAAAGUUCCACAAAGAGAGAGAAGGGGUUAAAACUCAGUCUGAAGGACAUAUUAGUACACAGUUAAUUUUGGACACAUGGUUUUUUUCCAUUACUGUUAGGAUGAAGCUAAGUGAUGAAAUGCAUCAGAAGAGUACAUGUCUGUUUGUGUAAUUGAGCCAAUCUAUAUUCUGUCAAUUAUAUAAAUUUAUUCAGGACAGAAGAAAUUUUGAGCCCACAAACUAAGUUUUAUUUCCCUGUUACAGGCAGACCUUGCAUUGAAGCAAAAGAAGAGCUGUCAAAUGGAAGUACCCUUUGUGUUCAUCACAAAGCAGGUGCCUUCAGUUCGUUCUUAAAAUUUCCCAAAUUUUACACUCUCUGCAUUGAAUUUUUGAAUUUAUAUUUUCAAAUUGUAUAUUUGAAUGCUGUAUUGUAGAAUGGUUUCCUCUUAUUUAAACAUUCUGUUAAACAGUACUUGUGUUUUUGUAUAUGCAUAUAUAUAUACAUUUAUGUAUAUGUAAAUAUAUAUAUCACACACUGA